AUGUAUGAAGGCCUGACAGGAAGUUCCCAGCCUGAAUCUGCCGCACUCCAGCAGUUCAACAAAUCCUGGGCCGAGCUCACCGAUUGGCUGAAGAUGCUGGAUAACAUGGUGCAAAACAAGCAGGUGGUGGUCGCCGACCUGGACGAUAUCAACGAAAACAUAAACCAGCUCAAGGGAUCUCUACAGGAGCUCGACAAGCGGCGCCCCCUCUUGGAGAAACAAGUAACAGCAGCACAGAACCUGAAGAACAAGACCAGCAACCAGGACACGCGCAACGCCAUCACAGAGCGCAUCGACAAGCUUCAGACCCACUGGGAAGACUCUCAGACCAAACUCUCCGACAGGCUCAAGCAAAUCCUCAACAUGCUGCAGGACUCCACAAACUGGCUGGACGCAAAGCGGGAGGUGGACUGCCUCAUCAAACAGGCCAGUGGGAGGCUGGAAUCGUGGCAGGAGAUCACGUACACAGCGGACGCACUGAAGAAGCAACACGCAGAUCUAAGGGUCUUCAUGAAGGACCUGAAGCAGUGGCAGGGACAGGUGGCUGAAACCAACGCGCUGGCCAACAAGCUGCUGACGCUGUACGCCAACGACGACACGCACAAGGUCACCCAGGUCAAUGACAACAUGCUGGCGACGUGGGCGCACAUCAACAAACGAGUUUCAGACCGAGAGGCGGCGGUGGAAGCCGGCCUGAAGCUGCUCCACCAGUUCUACCUGGACCUGGAGAAGUUCCUGAGCUGGCUGACGGAGGCGGAGACCACCUGCAAUGUUUUAAUAGAUGCCACCAACAAGGAGAGGCUGCAGGAUCAGCCUGAGGCGGCCAAGAGGCUGCUGGCCCAGUGGAAGGACCUCCAGGCAGAGGUGGACGGCCACGAAGAGCUGUAUCACUCCCUGGAUGAGAACGGCCAGAGGAUCCUGACCUCUCUGAGGGACCCUGAGGACCGGGUUCUGCUCCAGAGGCGUCUGGACAACAUGAGGCAGCGCUGGAACGACCUGCGCAGCAAGACUCUCAGCAUGAGGUCACAGCUGGACUCUGAGAUGGCUCCCUGGAAGAGGCUCCACAUGUCACUGCAGGAGCUGCUGAACUGGCUAAGGCUCAAGAGUCAGCAGCUGGAGCAGGAGAAGCCUGUAGGGGGCGAUGUUCCCACCGUGCAGUCCCAGCUGGAUACACACAGAGGGUUCAAAAUGGAGCUCAGAGCCAAGGAUCCGGUGGUGACCAAGGCUCUUGAUGAUGUGGGAUUCUUCCUGUCCGAACUGCCUAGAGAGUCGCCAUCACCUGAACUGAGAGACAUCAGCCCGGAGGAGCGUGCUCAGAACGUGGGCCGAGUGUUGCGCAAAGAGGCGGACGACGUGGUGAGCCGGUGGGACCGGCUCAACGUCGACUCGGCCGACUGGCAGAGGAGGUUGGAGUUGGCCCUGGACAGACUGAUGGAGCUCCAGGAAGCAGAAGACCUGCUGGACAAGCAGCUGAAGCAGGCGGAGAUGGUGAAGCAGGGCUGGGAACCCGUAGGGGAACUGUUGAUUGACUCCUUACCUGAGCACAUCAGCAGAGUCAAGGAGUUCCAGGAAGAAAUAGCUCUGAUUAAGGACGAUGUGACACACAUGAACCAUUUGGCAUCCACGUUCGAUCCAUCCGACAUCCAGUUGUCUCCUAGCAACCUGGAACGCAUUGAAGACCUCAACACGCGCUGGAGACUGCUCCAAGUUACCGUGGAUACGGGAAAAAGCAACUCGGGCAGCAAUGGACUGGAUGAGGUGGACUCAAAGAAUGGCUCCUGCUUUCUGUCUAACAGAUAUCUGUCAAAGAACAUCUGAAGCAGCUGACAGACGCUCACACAGACUUCUGCCUUUCUCAAGGAUCGGUAGAAAGACCGUUCGAGCAGGGCAUCUCUCCAAACAAUGUGCCCUAUUAUAUCAA